GACAUCCAAAAAAAACCUUAUCCAAACAAAGUGAGCCCAAUAGUGGAGCGCCACAUCAGCAGCAAGUAUCUGAGUGUAUCCAAAUCUGGGCAGUCUGAGGCCACAGAAUGCUCAUGUGGCUGAGCUGCGGAAAUCUGCUGUCCUGUUUCUUAUAACCCAUUUCUUUUUCUUGUUGCUGAUCUCAUAGGUCUUGUCUGAAGAACAAUUUGACCCAUUUGGAGGAGGGAGAAGAAGGUGAAAAGAGCUGAAUCUUCAGAGGAAAUGGCAACCACUGUAAUGACUACUCUCCCUCAGUUCAAUGGGCUGAGGCCCUCUGUUUCAGCAGCUCCGGUGAAGGGCCUGGCUGCAGUUCAACCGAUGGGACGCAAGGGAAAGGGGGCUCUCGGUGCUCGCUGCGACUUCAUUGGUUCCCCUACUAACUUGAUUAUGGUGACCACGACGAGCUUGAUGCUGUUUGCAGGGAGGUUCGGCCUCGCUCCAUCAGCCAACAGGAAGGCCACAGCCGGGCUGAAGCUUGAGGCCAGGGAAUCUGGCCUGCAGACCGGGGACCCCGCUGGCUUCACCCUUGCCGACACCUUGGCCUGUGGGACCGUGGGCCACAUCAUCGGUGUCGGGGUCGUCCUUGGCCUGAAGAACAUUGGUGCUCUGUAAAAAAAGAAGUUGUAGUCUUUUUGUAACUCUUCCAAGGAAUGUUGAUAAUAUAUUUUCGUUCUCUCCUAGUCUAUAUAUACGCUUUCGAUCCA